AUGGCCGAUUCGGAUGAGGACUAUGCCGGUGAGGUCACCGAGGAUGAGGAUGACCUUCAGGUCAACACAGGUGGCGUGAGCACUAGGAAAAGAAAGCAGCGUGGAGGCGCAGAGUGGGAGCUCGCCAGAACCUGGGAGACCUUAGUCGAGGGCGCAGAUGGUACCAUUACCUCGACUGUCGAUGGAUUAUUAGAGGCUGGAAAGCGCAAGAGGUUGCUAAAAGAUACGACUCCUCUGCAGCGCGGCAUUAUUCGACAUCUCAUCUUAAUCCUCGAUCUUUCCCAGUCAAUGUCCGAGAAGGACAUGCGCCCAAAUAGAUACCUAUUGACUCUUCGCUAUGCCCAAGAGUUUGUACGGGAGUUCUUUGAACAAAAUCCCAUUUCCCAGCUCGGUGUGUUGGGCCUUAGAGAUGGGCUUGCCAUUCGAGUCAGCGAAAUGAGCGGCAAUCCAACCGAACACCUUACAGCGAUCCAGGAACUCAAAACAGAAGAUCCUAAGGGUCUUCCAAGUCUGCAAAAUGGUCUUGAGAUGGCACGUGGUGCUCUAUUUCACACUCCCAGCCAUGGCACAAGAGAGAUCCUUGUCAUUUUUGGCUCCCUUCUAUCCUCCGAUCCUGGCGACAUCCAUCGAACAAUCGACACAUUAAUCAGCGACAAAGUCCGAGUCCGCAUCGUCGGCCUCGCCGCGCAGGUCGCUAUCUGCCGCGAGUUGUGCACCAGAACCAAUGGAGGAGAUGAAACAGCAUACGGAGUGGCGCUUCAUGACCAGCACUACCGGGAUUUAAUGAUGGAUGUAACCACACCCCCCGCCGCAUAUUCACAAAAACAAUCGUCAAGCUCAUUAUUGAUGAUGGGGUUCCCCUCCCGCACUGUGGAGGCAGCCCCUUCUCUCUGCGCAUGCCACUCUAAGCCCUCUCGUGGUGGAUAUCUCUGCUCGCGAUGUGGCAGCAAAGUGUGCAGUUUGCCCGCCGAAUGUCCUUCUUGCGGGCUUACUCUGAUUCUUUCGACCCAUCUUGCACGUUCAUACCACCACUUGUUCCCCCUGAUCAACUGGAAUGAGGUACCGUGGCGCCGAGCCUGGCGUAGCUCUGCCUGUUUUGCUUGUGGUCUGGCAUUCCCCUCUGUGCCCCCAGAGGAUCAAUGGCAGGCCGCAGAAAACCAGACAAAAGGAAUGAGUGUGAGUAGUCGCUACGAGUGCACGGCGUGCCAUAACUAUUUCUGUAUCGAUUGCGAUCUUUUUGCCCAUGAAGUAGUGCAUAAUUGUCCAGGAUGCCAGAGCAAAAGCACUCGACGGUGA